AUGACAGAGACAGUCUUCAACAAGGAACGUCACAUCAAAUACUACCUCCGCUGUCUCAAGACUUUCCUCCCCCACCAGUACACCUCCAAUGACUCCAAUCGCAUGCUCCUCGCUUUCUUUACGAUCUCCGGGCUCGACAUUCUAGGCGCGCUCGAUAGCAAAAUCACCGCCGAAGAACGAAAAGGCUUCAUAGACUGGCUCUAUCACUGCCAGGUUCCAUCGGGGGGGUUUCGCGGGUUCACGGGGACAGAUUUUGGUAUCGACAAGCGCACCCCGGAGAACGAAGCUUGGGACCCGGCGAAUGUGCCGGCCACAUUCUUUGCGCUGGUAGUGCUACUCAUACUGGGCGAUGACCUGUCGAGGGUGAAGCGGGUCGAAUGUCUCCAAUGGUUGCGCAAACUUCAACGUGAGGAUGGCAGUUUCGGAGAAGUGCUCGGCCCCGGGGGAGAGAUCAAGGGUGGUCGCGACCUCCGGUUCUGCUGCUGCGCAGCUGGGACGCGAUAUAUUCUUCAAGGGAGGAGCGGGAGCGGCCUUGAGGGUGUGAGCGAUAUCAAUGUAGACAGGCUUGUGGAAUUCAUUCAGGCUUGCCAGACAUAUGAUGGGGGAAUGUCGGAAGCGCCCUUUCGUGAAUCCCACUCUGGCCUGACCUAUUGUGCCAUUGGCGCUCUAACCUUCCUUUGCCGUCUUCCGAAAGACCAGAGACACAUGGCGCUCCUUUCUCCGGGGAGUCAGGAAUUCGAACAUUUGCUCAAAUGGCUCGUCUCCAGACAGACAUCUGAGUUGGGUGAAGAGGAGUCGGACGAGGAAGUUGAUGGCUCACCUGACCAGAGUGAUAGUUUGCAUCGAGACACAAGCAACCUCGCUCUCAAUGAUAAGAUUGCCGUGCUUCCUAAUCUAGCCCCGCCAACAGAGGAAUCUCUACUUUGGGCAGGGUUCAAUGGGCGCUGCAACAAAUAUGCGGAUACAUGUUACUCGCUUUGGAACUCCGGUACGCUCGUAAUGAUGGACCGACUAUCUCUUAUCGACCAGCAGCGCAAUCGGCGAUAUCUGCUCGAGAAGACACAGCACAUUAUCGGCGGGUUUGGGAAAGGCAUUGGUGAGCCUCCAGAUCUUCUACACUCGUUUGCUGGGCUGGUAUCUCUCGCGUUUCAAGGAGAAGAAGGCCUGAGUAGCGUAGAUCCUGCAUUAUGCGCCAGCCACCGGGCAGCUCGGCACAUGGAAAGUCUCCCCUGGUGGCAAGAGACGAAUUGA